CCGACCAUAGAAUAGCGGUUCUGACCCCCUUUCUGUUUGUCUUGGGUGUUACUCGUGCGCAAAUAUAGUCGUUUGCUUUGUGCAUGUCUCUAGGAUUCUUGCAUUAAUUCGUAGUAAAGCAGCUAUUCGGAUUUUCUUUUAUACCAAUUUACUGCACUGUUACAAUCGGCUAAUUUACAGCAAACUAAUUAUAAUAAUAAUGGCGCAGGAGUUCGUCGAGACAAAAUUAAAAGGAGACAAAGUCGUUUUGUUUUUGAAACCGUCGUGCCCGUAUUGCGUGAUGGCAAAAGAGGUUCUGGCCAAGUAUACAUUCAAAGCUGGACACCUGGACUUCAUCGACAUAAGUGGAAGGAACGAUAUGAGCAAAAUCCAAGACUACUUCCUCGAGAUAACCGGGGCUCGGACUGUGCCACGGGUAUUCAUUGGAGAGGAGUGUAUUGGUGGGGGCAGUGACGUAGCUGAACUGGAGAAAGCCGGGAAGUUGGAGAACAUGCUGACGUCCAUUGGCGCUCUGCAAUGAAUUCAGGACGGGGUCGGGAGGGUCACAUGACGAGGCAGCGAGAUUUGCGCAGUUGCCGUCUCCGCUGCUGGUACUCGCUGAGCUCCUGCAGGUAUCCCCGGGACGGCCACCGGACCCUCUCCACCUGCUCCCUCUCCUCGUCUGAAACACAACCCCGCCACGCCCAAUAACGGAGACGCUGUCACCAUGACGACCGCGGAAACGCGCCACCCCUCAACAACAUCCCGGACCUCCAGGAUCCUCAGUCCUGUCCAACUUCUCAAUCCACAACAUAAUGGUUUACAAUGGAGGCAUUAGCUAGUUAUGGUGGAGAGACCAUUUUUUGGGGAAUUUAUCAUCGACAACCUCACAAGAAAUGAUAGAAACCAAAAAGGAAAAGAGCUCACAUAGUUUUCGGUCUUUGUAGGCAGCUUACGAGCAGUGUUUGCUAGAUGUGGGUUCUGUAGAAUUUAGGAAUGUUGCAACAAAACUCGUUGUACUUUAGCCCUUUGUAAAAAGGGGGUAAACAAGCCCGUCCAAUAUAAAUGUCCUGGAAACCUGUUGUUCAUGAUGGAAUUAGAUGUACAAUUUAGAGUCCAAUAAAUAUAUUUGAAAUCAA